CGAGGAAGUCGCUGCGGGAGAUUAUUGGGAAAUGAUUACGGGUUGAGGAUAGUGGAUGUCAGUUUCAAAGCAUUUCCCUUUAAGUGCAGGGCGAUGGCUGUCGUCACGUUGGAGGGUUGGAGUUGAGUGAAGGUGUGGUUGUGAGAGCACUCCAGCCUCUCAUCAGAUGAAAGCCGUCUCUUCACACCAGGAGCUAGCAUCGUGACUCAGAUCAUCCAGCGGCGAUCAGGGACGCUCCUCGAUUCUAUUCAAGUUCUUCUCCCCUCCCCCCUCCCCCAAAAAAGAUUUGCAGUGUGGAAUAUUCUUUCAGACUCACCAUAAAUUCACCUCAGGCACUCGGUGAUUUGUUUUUUGGUCUCCUCCCUUAUUUGCCUGACAUUUAGUUAUUCUUGACUGGGAGUAUCGCUCGACAUUUGUAGACUGUUUCCAAAUUUGUGGUCGAGUUUUUUCCAAUGCCGAAAAAUAGCAAAGUUGCGAAGAGAGAACUGGAUGAUGAUGUCACAGAGUCUGUCAAAGAUCUUCUUUCCAAUGAGGACAUGAAUGAUAACCAGUUUAAGAAGAGUGCAUUGUAUGUCGAUGAUUCGCAGACUGACAAAGAUGUGGACAUUGAAGAAGGAUCUGAUACUGAAGAUGAAAGGCCUGCCUGGAAUAACAAACUUCAGUACAUUCUGGCACAGGUUGGCUUCUCAGUUGGUUUGGGCAAUGUAUGGAGAUUCCCAUACUUAUGUCAAAAAAAUGGUGGAGGUGCCUACCUUGUGCCCUAUUCGAUUUUGCUGCUUAUUAUUGGGAUCCCACUCUUCUUCCUGGAACUUGCAGUCGGUCAGAGAAUCAGGCGAGGCAGUAUUGGUGUGUGGAAUUACAUCAGCCCAAGGCUGGGUGGAAUAGGAUUUUCAAGCUGCAUUGUGUGCUUCUUUGUAGCUCUUUACUACAAUGUCAUUAUUGGUUGGAGUUUAUUUUACUUCUCCAAGUCAUUUCAGCACCCACUGCCCUGGGAUCAGUGCCCCUUGGAAAAAAAUGGGACCCAGACCUUUGUUGUUCCUGAAUGUGAAAAAAGCUCAGCCACAACCUAUUUUUGGUACAGAGAAGCAUUGGAUAUAUCCGACUCCAUCUCAGAGAGUGGCGGUCUGAACUGGAAGAUGACUAUCUGCCUGUUCAUAGCCUGGUUUAUGGUGUGUCUUGCCAUGAUCAAAGGCAUUCAAUCUUCAGGAAAGGUGAUGUAUUUUAGCUCUCUGUUUCCCUACGUUGUGCUUAUCUGCUUUCUGGUUCGAGGGCUUCUUCUGAAAGGUUCUUGGGAUGGCAUCCGUUACAUGUUUACCCCUAAGCUGGAGAUCAUGUUGGACCCUCAGGUCUGGAGAGGAGCAGCAACCCAAGUGUUCUUUGCUCUCGGCUUAGGAUUCGGCGGCGUGAUUGCUUUCUCCAGCUACAACAAACGGAACAACAACUGCCAUUUCGAUGCAGUCCUCGUGUCCUUAAUCAAUUUCUUCACAUCUAUCUUAGCAACACUCGUUGUAUUUGCCGUCUUGGGCUUCAAAGCAAAUAUAAUAAAUGAAAAAUGCAUUGCUAGGAAUGCAGACAGGAUCCUGGAUAUGCUAAAGGCAGAAGUAAUCAGUCACGAUCUCAUUCCUCACCAUAUUAAUCUGUCAGAUGUUUCAGCGACCGACUACCAUCAGAUGUACAACAUUAUAAAGGAAGUGAAAGAAGAAGAGUUUCUCAAAUUAGGCUUGGAUUCAUGCCAACUGGAGGAUGAACUUAACCAGGCUGCACAAGGAACUGGCCUAGCCUUUAUUGCCUUCACAGAGGCCAUGACUCAUUUCCCCGCAUCUCCUUUUUGGUCAGUGAUGUUCUUCCUUAUGUUGGUGAAUCUAGGCUUGGGCAGCAUGUUUGGUACCAUUGAAGGCAUACUCACACCACUCGUGGAUACAUUCAAAGUGCGCAAAGAAAUUCUGACCAUUGGCUGUUGUCUCCUGGCUUUCUGUAUUGGCCUCCUCUUUGUACAACGCUCUGGAAACUACUUUGUGACCAUGUUUGAUGAUUAUUCUGCUACCUUGCCGCUGCUGAUUGUGGUUAUCCUGGAGAAUGUCGCUGUUGCUUGGGUUUAUGGCACAGAUAAGUUCAUGGAGGAUUUGAAUGAUAUGCUUGGCUUCACUCCAUUCCGAUAUUACUAUUACAUGUGGAAAUACUUUUCUCCACUGAUUCUGAUUGCUCUGUUUAUAGCCAGCAUUGUCCAGUUGAGCUUAAGUCCUCCAGGCUACUAUGCCUGGAUAAGUGAAUUGGGUGGUGAGAAGUUUCUGACAUUCCCAACGUGGGGUUUGACUUUGUGCAUCAGCCUGAUCAUAGUGGCAGUCCUCCCUGUUCCAAUCGUCUUUGUCACCCGUUAUUUUAACCUCAUUGACGAUGGCUCCAACUCUCUGGCCUCGGUCUCCUACAAGAAAGGACGGAUUCUGAAGGAGAACUCCAACCUGGAGGAAGACGAUGCCAGUCUGCUGCACAGCAAAACCCCCAGUGCCAUGCCAUCCCCAGUGGUCGGCAACAGUAUAUAUCGCAAGCAAAAUGGAUCCCCCACUCCAGAAGCAGACACAGCUCCAAAUGGCCGCUAUGGCAUUGGGUACCUGAUGGCUGACAUGCCUGAAUCAGACUUGUAGCUUCUGAUUGAGCUAUGCUUGGCUAUAUGUAUGUUGCUACAUUGAGCAAAAUUGCCACUCCGAAGCACGCAAUGUACUAAUGUGGCAUAUGUACCAUGCAUAUCCUGUAGAUAGAUUAUAUUUUUCCAUAUUAGUGAUAAUGAAAUACUGUUGCCUGCCAGUCGCUGUGAGUUUCUACUUCUGAAAGAUCUUAUUCAGUGAUACCUCUAAGAAAGAAAUCAAAAGAUCAUCUUUCUUGAAGAGAACCUGCUUGUUUCUUAGCCACAGAUCACUCUCGAUCAACAUCAUAGAAUUCAGCAAAGGUGUAAGAUUCUCAUUUCCAAACUCUUCUUGACACAUCCAGACAUCUAGAAAUAAUUUCACCACUGAAGUAUGUAAAAUUUAGAUUCAGAUUCCGAUUCAGAUUAGCCUACUACCGUGUAUACUAGGGUACAAUCAAAAUCCUUGCUCACGUGAAGAUCUUAGUGUGAACGACACACACACAGUAAUGAUAAAAACACUAAAUACGGUGACAAAAACAUCAGAAUGGUGCAAGAUUGCAGAGUAGAAACAGAGUGACGCAUGAUGUAAUCACAAAUUAUAUAAUCAUAAAUUAUUUAUUUCCUUAUAAAACUCCAAUAAACAUUUUGUUUUUUUAAAUCUAAGGUUUUUGGAGGGGGUGUUCUUUUCCUCACAUCCGCAAAUCGCACCCACAGGAUGAGAGGCUUUAACUGGACUCCAGAGUACAGUGGUCCCAAUUGUCUGAUCAUAGAAACAUAGAAAAUAGGUGCAGGAGUAGGCCAUUUGACCCUUUGAGCCAGCACCAUUCAAUAUAAUCAUGGCUGAUCAUUCAAAAUCAGUACCCCAUUCCUGCUUUUCCCCCAUAUCUCUUGAUUCCAUUAGCAACCCAGGAAUUUAUUUUUAGUUUAAAUGUUUUUUCAGUACAACUCCAAUGGCUAAACCCCCGAUCUGAUGGAUAGGAAAUGCACAUGGUCUGAUAGCUGAAAGUGAACAGCCUGCUGCAUUGGCCAAGAGAUUUCCUUGAGAGACCAUUGUGUCAGACACUCCCUUGAGGUCAAGGCACAGAGCGCUGGAUGCAGCUUUUGUAGACGAGGUGGAUAGCUUACGCUUCCUGAAAAUCGCCUGCUCUUCCCCCCCCCCCCCAUCACAAAUGCUGUCUGACCCGCUGAGUUCCAUCAGCACUGUGUUUUUCUCAAUAUUCCAGUUCCUUCUUUGAGGCCGCCUUUCUGGCAUUAGUUUGCCCUAAGAUGGUCAAUGGCAUUGAGGGCUGGACUUGGAGAAAUUACUCUGCAACAAUGAAGAUGAUUAUACUUAUCUGAAUCUGAUGACAGGGCAAGCUCCUGACUGGACAUCAACAUGAUCGACUGAUUCCCACCCAUUCUUCCCCCCACUGAUUAUGCGUAAAGAUCAUUUCAUCUGAUUUCUGGAAUUGUGGACAUUCUGAAUCAAGUGUGGACUUUGGCUCAGAUUCCUGCCUCUUAUGGUCCACUGCCCAUCCUAUCCCCUACAAACUUCCAUCUCAAUUCUCAAUUGUGUAGGAAUCUACAAUGUGUAGAUGCUGGUUUAAAUCGAAGAUAGGCACAAAAGCUGGAGUAACUCAGCAGGACAGGCAGCUUCUCAGGAGAGAUGCUGUUUGUUCAGCUGAGUUACUCCAGCUUUUUGGGUCUAUCUCAAUUCUCAAGCUCAUCUGUUCCUCCUCUCCAUCCCACACUUGAUCUUUGGAUCUGCUUACCACAAAUGGUGUCUCAUUCCCUCACUUCUCCUUGCCAAGAGACAAUACAAUGAGACUUCAGGUCCAAUAUCUUAAGAAUAGAGUUUCAGGCCCAAAGUCAACCAGGUAUGGGGCGGAAGCAUUAUCAUGGAAUUUUUUUCGCCCCAUUUUGCUCCUUAAUUACUUACCUUGGACAAUCAUAUUCUCCGAACUUGUAACUGCUAUUACCACCAGACUGUGGUGUUAGCAGUUACAAGUUCUUUCAGCUAGCCUGUUAAUCCAGCUAGCAAUUUCUUGCAGCUAGUCUGUUCAUUCGGGUGAAAAACAAGCAUUCUUCUUCAUUUUUCUUAACAGAAAAUGGCGACUAUCUUUAGCAGUUGUAUUGUGAAAUGGAGAUUAUUGUGCUUUUCUGCUGCAUAGACGCAACAUGCGAGUGGCCAGCAUGAGCUUUGGAUAGCUGGAGGGAGCAGUAAUGUUAAAAUAAGCUGUAUAUUUUGUGUAAAGUGUUUGCUAUUAUUAAUUUGAAACGGUAAAGUACUAUUUUCAUGAGUCCAAACUGACUUAUUAUCAAACUGAUCAAUAUGGUUAAUUUGUUGCCUAAUUAUUUUAGAUAUUUAUUGUGAUUUAGAAUAUUUAGUGACCAAGCUGUAUAUUUAUAUUGCAUAUUGUAAAAUGUAUAUAUGUAUAUUUUAUCUGGAUUUGUUUGAACAUUUUGAUGCAAAAAGAGCAUUUUUUCAGCAUUGAUAAAGCCUUUGAUGAAAUUCUUUGUUAAUUUUGUUACUUUGGCUAAAUCGCUUUCCUUAUAGUAAAGGUAUAGCUGUACUCUUCCUUUUGAGGGACAUUUACGUUUUGACUUUUGUCUGGAGGUUUCCAGCCUUUUUGUUAUAUUCCACAUGAAAUUAAACACUUAAUGAUAAAC